AUGAGCGACGGUGCCCCACCAGAGCCCGUGAUGGAGGUGCCCCCACCAACCGAAAUCAAAGUCCUCGAGACCGCCGAUGAUAUCCAGCACCGCCGUAGCGAAGUUCUCUCCCACUACAGCCAAUUCAAAGAAUAUUCUAAAGUGAAGAGGGACCGCUUGGAGGAGGCCCGCCAAUACCAGUAUUUCAAAAGAGAUGCUGACGAAUUGGAAGUUUGGAUUCUCGAAAAACUGCAGACCGCUCAAGAAGAGAGCUUCAGAGAUCCAACCAACCUUCAGGCCAAAAUCCAAAAGCAUGAAGCGUUCAAAGCCGAAGUGCAAGCUCAUUCGAAGACUAUUGUCACCCUUGAUAAGACCGGAACCGAUAUGAUCAAGCAUGGUCAUUUUGCUUCUAAUGAGAUCAGGAAGCGACUAGAUGAAUUGCAUGCCCUCUGGGAUAAGCUCCAGUGGCAUCUGCAGCAGAAGGGACUCAAGCUUGACCAAGCCCUCAAGCUCCUCCAGUUCACUCGUCAGUGCGAUGAGGUUCUCCGCUGGAUCCGUGACAAGGAGACCUUUGUCACAUCAGAAGACCUUGGAAUGGAUCUGGAGCACGUUGAAGUGCUGCAGCGGAAGUUCGAGGAUUUCCUCAAGGACCUGCAAAACCACCAAUACCGCAUCGGCGAGAUCAACCAGGCCGCCACUAAACUCGUCGAAGAAGGGCACACCGAGCAUGACCAGAUCUACAAGAAACGCGAUGAGGUCAACGAUGCUUGGCAUAAGCUGAACACCCUGGCCGCCACACGCCGGGAGGGACUAUUCGGAGCCCAGCAAGUGCAGCGCUUCAACCGUGAUGCCGAUGAGACGCUUGCCUGGAUUGCCGAGAAGGACUUGGCUUUGUCUUCUAAUGACUACGGCCGUGACCUGAACAACGUGCAAGCGCUGCUCCGUAAGCACGAAGGUACAGAACGCGACCUGGCAGCUCUGGAAGCCAAGAUGAAACAACUCGAGACCGACCAACAACGUCUCUGUGAAACACACCCUGAUCACGCCGAUGCCAUCCAGGCGAAAAUGGACGAAGCGAAGAGCCAAUGGAAUGCUCUCCAACGUAAGGCCGCGGAACGCAAGGCCGGCCUCGAGCGAUCGCACAUGAUCCACCGCUUCCUUGCCGACUAUAGGGAUCUGACCUCAUGGAUCAGUGACAUGAAGGCCAUCAUCUCCGCUGACGAGCUGGCCAAGGAUGUCGCUGGCGCCGAAGCCCUACUCGAGGUUCACUCCGAACAUCAGGGAGAAAUCAAGGCCCGCGAAGACAGCUUCAACCAAGCUGCCGAGGCUGGCCAGAAGCUCCUUGAUGACGGGGUUCCAGAAUCUGCUGACAUCCGCGAGAAGCUGGAAAGUCUCGCCAAGGAAAAGGCCGCUCUGCUUGCCCUCUGGGAAGAGCGUCGCAUCCUCUAUGAGCAGUGCAUGGAUCUGCAGCUCUUCUACCGCGACACCGAUCAGGCUGAGACCUGGAUGAACAAGCAGGAAGCCUUCUUGGCCAACGAAGAUCUCGGAGAUUCCCUUGACUCUGUUGAGUCGUUGCUGAAGAAGCACGAAGACUUCGAGAAGAGCUUGGCGGCUCAAGAGGAGAAGAUCAACGCCCUUGACGAGUUCGCCUCAAAGCUCAUCCAGGGACAGCACUACGCUGCCGAUGAUGUCGCCCGCAGGCGCAAGGCCCUUCUCGAUCGCCGUCGUCAUCUGAUGGAUCGUGCUGCUGAGCGUCGUCGCAAUCUGGAGGAAAGCUACCGUCGCCAAACCUUUGAUCGUGACUGCGAUGAGAUGGUUUCCUGGAUUACCGAGAAGCUGAAAACAGCCCGCGAUGAUUCUUACCUCGACCCGACCAACAUUCGUGGAAAGCUCCAAAAGCACAUUAACUUCGAGCAAGAGCUUAAGGCCAACCGCAAUCGACUUGAUGAAAUCAAUGCGACCGGAGAUCAAAUCAUCCGCUCUGGUCACUAUGCUGCCGACCAUGUCCGCGAUCGCCUUCGUGAUGUCGAUUCUCUCUGGAAUGAGCUUGUCGAUGCUUCUACCAAGAAGGCUGCCAAGCUCCGUGAAGCCAGUGAUGAACAGCAAUUCAACCGCAACCUGGAGGACUUUGAGCUUUGGCUGGGGGAACAGGAAGGCCAGGCUGCUUCCGAAGAUUACGGCAAGGACUUGGUGUCUGUUCAGAACUUGCAAAAGAAGAACGCUCUGCAGAGCUCUGACUACCAGGCUCACAAGGAUCGCAUGGACGAUAUCCGCAACCAGGCUGGACGCUUCGAGCAAGAGGAGCACUUCAAUGCUCCGGUUAUCCUCCGCAAAUAUGAGGCCCUCCAGGGACGCUUUGAUUCACUCCAGGAGCCUCUGGUCAAGCGCCAGAACAAGCUUCAGGAGUCCCUGCAAGGCAACCAGCUGUUCCGUGACAUCGAGGAUGAGUUGGCCUGGAUCAGGGAGAAGGAGCAGGUAGCUGCCUCAACUAACCGUGGCCGGGACUUGAUCGGAGUGCAGAACCUCAUCAAGAAGCACCAAGCUCUCGUGGCCGAGGUUGCCAACCACGAGCCACAGGUCGAGAACGUUGCCAAGGCGGCCGAGGAGAUGAUUGCGCAGGGUCAUUUCUUGGCCCCAGAAAUCCGCGAUAAGCUGGCCCAGCUCCGUGACAACUGGCGUGCACUGAAGAACAAGGCUGACAAGCGCCGUGGCGAGCUCAACGACUCACUCCAGGCCCAUCAAUACCUAGCCGAUGCCAAUGAGGCUGAGGCUUGGAUGGGCGAGAAAGAACCAAUCGUUGGAAGCACCGAUUAUGGAAAGGAUGAAGACUCGGCGGAAGCUUUGCUCAAGAAACACCGCGCUCUUCUCUCCGACCUCGAGGCCUUCAAGGGCACCAUUGAUGAUCUGAGGAAGCAGGCUGCCGGAUGCAAAUAUCAGGAACAACCUGUUGGGGCUCUUGGCCGUGACUGCGUCAUCGCUCUGUACGACUACCAAGAGAAGUCGCCUCGUGAGGUGUCGAUGAAGAAGGGAGAUGUUCUCACCCUUCUCAACGCCUCCAACAAGGAUUGGUGGAAGGUCGAAGUCAACGACCGCCAAGGAUUCGUCCCGGCUGCCUACGUCCGCAAGAUGGAUGCCGCCACUGCCCAAGCUCACUCUCAGCAACACGUCAAUUCCAUUGGUGGAAAGCAAAACGAGAUUGAAGAUCGCUACAACCGACUUCAAAUGCUUGGAGAGGCGCGCAAGAGGAAGCUCGAAGAAGCCUGUAAAGGAUAUCAACUCCUCCGUGAAGCCAACGACAUGGCCGAAUGGAUCCGAAGCCGCGAGAACAUGGCUACGCAGCAAGACAUUGGACUCGACCUCGAGCAGGUUGUCGUCCAACAGAAGAAGUUCGAUGACUUCAAGGCUGAUAUGAAGGCCCAUGAGGUUCGCCUCGCUGAGAUGAACCAGAUUGCCACAGCCCUGACGUCGGUUGGCCAGACUGAGACUGCUGUCCGAAUCCGUCAGCAAAUCGAAGACCUCAAUGCUCGCUGGCGCGCUCUGGAAGAACAAGCCGAACAGCGUGAACAACAACUCGGUUCCGCACACGAAGUUCAACGAUUCCACCGUGAUGUUGACGAGACCCGUGACUGGAUCCAAGAGAAGGACGAUGCUCUCCGCUCGGAGGACUUCGGUCGUGAUCUUCGCUCCGUCCAGGCUCUCCAGAGAAAGCACGAGGGAGUCGAGCGUGACCUUGCUGCCCUCGGUGACAAGAUCAAGAGCCUCGACGAGAAGGCUAACCGCCUCCGCCAGAGCCAUCCCGAAGCCGCUGAACAGAUCUUUGACCUGCAGCGCGAGCUGACCGAACAGUGGAACGACCUGACCAAGAAGGCCAACUCCCGUCGCGAGAAACUCUUGGAGUCGUAUGACUACCAGCGAUUCCUCACUGACUACCGUGAUCUGAUGCAAUGGAUCCAAACCCAGACUGGACUUGUGUCCAGCCAGGAAUUGGCGAACGAUGUCACUGGAGCCGAGGCUCUCCUUGAACGCCAUCAAGAGUACCGUACUGAAAUCGAUGCCCGAGCUGCCACCUUCAAGGCUUUCGAUCAGUUCGCCCGACAGCUUCUGAACAACCAGCAUUUCCACAAGGAAGAUAUCGCUCUCCGCCAACAGGAGGUGAACGAUGCCUGCCGAAAGAUGGAAGAGGCUUGGAUUGCUCGCCGUCAUACCCUUGACCAAUGCCUUGACCUCCAGCUCUUCUUGCGCGAUUGCGAACAAGCCGAUUCCUGGAUGAGCGCUCGCGAAGCUUUCUUGAAUGCUGAAGAAAACGCUGGUGACAACGUUGAGUCGUUGAUCAAGAAGCACGAAGACUUCAACAAAGCCAUUAACUCCCAGCAAGACAAGAUCCAGCAAUUGCGUACCUUUGCUGAUCGUCUCAUCAAGGGUGAUCACUACGACAAGGAUGGCAUCGCUGACAAGCGCGAUCAAAUCCUUGACCGUUGGGAGCGACUCAGGACCCAACUCGUUGAGAAGAGGAGCAAGCUUGGAGAAAGCCAGACUUUGCAACAAUUCUCGCGUGAUGCCGAUGAAAUCGAGAACUGGAUCGCGGAGAAGUUCCAAGUCGCCCAGGAGGCCGACUAUUGCGAUCCGAUCAACAUCCAGCAGAAGCACCAGAAACAACAGGCAUUCGAAGCCGAACUGGCCGCCAACGCCGACAGGAUCUCUUCGCUUAUCCAUGCUGGUCAAAACCUGAUCGAUGGAGCGAAGUGCGCUGGAGGUGAAGAUGCCGUUGGAGAGCGCCUCAAGGGCAUCAAUGACCAAUGGGAACUGCUUGUCCGUACCACCCAUGACAAGAGCUACCGUCUCAGGGAGGCCAACAAGCAGAAAUCCUUCAUGGCAGCCGUCAAGGAUCUGGAGUUCUGGUUGGGUGAGGUCGAGAUUCUGCUCGGAAGCGAGGACUAUGGAAAAGACUUGCCUUCGGUCGAGAAUCUUCUGAAGAAGCACCAACUGUUGGAGGCUGAUGUUGCUUCCCACCAGGAUCGUGUCAACGAGAUGAACCAACAAGCCGAUUCGCUUCUCCAGAGCGAUCAAUUCUCCAACCAACAGAUCGAUGAGCGUCGCCGUGCCAUCAAUGAACGCUACGAUCGCGUGAAUGCUCUAGCCAAGGAGAGACGCGACAAGUUGAACAAGGCCCUCAACAUGCACCAAUUCUUCCGUGAUAUCGAUGAUGAAGAGUCGUGGAUCAAGGAGAAAAAGCUGCUCGUCAGCUCUGAUGACUAUGGACGUGACCUUCAAGGAGUCCAGAACCUCCGAAGGAAGCAUAAGCGUAUUGACAACGAGUUGGCUUCCCAUGAACCAAUGGUCGAGCAGGUGCGCACUCGUGGAGUGGAGCUUCUCCGUUCUGCCGGUGACCUCGGUGGUGAUGAGAUCAAGAAGAGAAUGGCUGAUAUGGAAGCCCAAUGGAACCAUAUGCGUGAGCUGACCGGAAAACGCCAGCAGCGCCUCAACGAGAGCGAGGAGUUCCAAGACUUCCUUGGCAAAGUCGAAGAGGAGGAGGCAUGGAUGAAUGAGCGUCAGCAAAUUCUUGCCUCCCCCAAUGUUGGCGAAAACAUGGCCGCCGUCCAGGGCUUGUUAAAGAAGCACAAGACCUUUGAGAUUGAUCUCCAGCUUCAUAAGCAACGUGUCGCCGAACUAUGCAAGCAAGGCGAUGAACUGAUGGCUCGUGGAAAUCAUCAUGCUCCGCAUAUCAAGCAGAGAUGCGAGCAGUUGAACAACCGUCUGGCCGAGAUCUCCGUCCUUGCCGAGCGUCGUCUCCAGAAGCUGAACGACAACUAUGCUUACAUGCAAUUUGUGUGGAAGUGUGAUGUUGUUGAAGGAUGGAUCGCUGAUAAGGAGGUGUUGGUUCGCUCUGACGAUUACGGCCGUGAUCUCUCUUCUGUGCAAAUCCUUCUCAACAAGCACGAUGCUUUCGAGACUGGAUUGAACAACUUUGAGCACGACGGAAUCCAGCGGUGCACUGAACUGAGGGAUCAGCUUAUUGCCAACAAGCAUCACCAGACGCCUGACAUCAACAAGCGUUACGACAAUGUCCUGACCCGCUGGAAGCAAUUGCUCGCCAAUUCCGAAGGACGACGCACCAAGCUCCUCCGAAUGCAAGACCAAUUCAAGCAAAUCGAGGAGCUGUACCUCACCUUCGCCAAGAAGGCUUCCACCUUCAACUCAUGGUUCGAGAACGCCGAGGAGGACUUGACCGAUCCUGUCCGUUGCAACUCCCUCGAAGAAAUUGUCGCCCUUCGUCAGGCUCACGAUGAAUUCCAAGCCUCGCUCUCAUCGGCUGAGGAAGACUUCCGUCAGCUCCAGUCUUUGGAUCGCCAAAUCAAAUCCUUCGGCGUUGGCCCGAACCCUUACACCUGGUUCACAAUGGAUGCCCUCGAGGAGACGUGGAGGAACUUGCAGAAGAUUAUCAAGGAGCGUGAAGUUGAGCUGGGCCGUGAACGCGCCCGCCAGGAGGAGAACGACCGUCUCCGCCGCGACUUUGCCCGCCUUGCCAACGCUUUCCACAACUGGCUGACGCAGACCCGCCAAGAGAUGAUGGAGGCUGGUGGAACACUCGAGGAGCAGCUCGAGGUCCUGAAGCGAAAGGCUGCUGACAUCAGAGCCAACAAAGCCCAGCUCCGGAAGAUUGAGGAACAGGGUGCGAUGCUGGAGAGGAAUUUGAUUUUGGAUAACCGAUACACCGAGCAUUCUACCGUCGGUUUGGCGCAGGCUUAUGAUCAGCUGGAGCAGCUGGCAAUGAGGAUGCAGCACAACUUGGAGCAACAGAUCCAGGCCCGCAACCAGUCCGGCGUUACUGAGGAAGCCCUUCGUGAAUUCUCCAUGAUGUUCAAGCAUUUCGACAAGGAGAAGAGCGGCCGACUUGAUCACCAACAGUUCAAGUCCUGCCUCCGCGCCCUGGGUUACGAUUUGCCGAUGGUAGAUGAGGGACACCCGGAGCCGGAGUUUAACCGCAUUCUGGAUAUUGUCGACCCGCAAAGAGACGGCUGGGUCAACCUGCAAGAGUACAUGGCCUUCAUGAUCUCCAAGGAAACUGAGAACAUCCAAUCUUCGGAAGAAAUCGAGAGCGCUUUCCGCGCCCUCAGCAAGGAGUUCCGUCCCUACGUUACUGCCGAGGAGCUGUACGCGAACCUGACCCCCGAGCAAGCCGAAUUCUGUAUCCACCGUAUGAAGCCGUACACGGAUGCCAUUUCCGGCCGCAACAUCCCUGGCGGGCUCGACUACGAGCAGUUCGUCCACACCAUGUUCCAGAGC